AAAAAUCACACAAUUUAUAUCAUAAAAAACCCUGGGGAUAUUUUAGCAAUCCACACAAACAAGUAAAACACUAUAACUAACUAACUACUCUCCACAUUUCCUCCUCACACCUUAUAUAUUAUAUAUAUACAAACUAUCCUUCGCCCUUCAUGCAUCUCCCACUCUCUCUCUCUCUAGUUUCUCUCUCUAAAACUAAUGGACUUCUCCUACUUUUCCUCGUCGUCGUCGUCAUCGCGGUCUUCUGUUUCGGCCUCCGAUGCUUCUUCCUCUUCUGUGAAGAAGCAGUCGAAGCGCCGCGACGAUAACCGUCGAAAACAGCAGUUGCAACAUCACUUUCACAGCAGCAACACGACUACUGCUACUGCUACAGCUAUUGCUGCUGCUACUAAUUCUGAAGCUCGGUAUCUGGGGGUGCGGCGGCGGCCGUGGGGGCGGUACGCGGCGGAGAUACGGGACCCGGCUACCAAGGACCGGCACUGGCUCGGCACGUAUGACACGGCGGAGGAGGCGGCGGUGGCGUACGACCGCGCGGCCCGGGCCCUCCGCGGGCCCCGCGCCCGCACCAACUUCGCCUAUCCCGACUUGCCACCUGGCUCCUCCAUCACCCCCUUCCUCUCCCCUGACCUCAAGAUCACCACUCACCACCACCACCACCACCUCAUGAGUGUGGUCGCGUCUCCUCACCCCCCAGUAAGCUUACCACCCCACACCACUCACCCCCAAUAUUUAUGCAAUGAGGAGGGGGAGGAGGAUAUGUUGACAAGUUGGGUCGAUGAGUACACUCAAUUGGGGGGCCCAAUUGAGCCUUGUGAGCCAAUAGGAAGUGGACACGUGCAGGCUGGUGGUGCGUCGGAGUCGCUGGACACCGGGGCCGGUCCCGUGGGGAAUGCGGAGGAAGAGGCCGCGAUGUGGUGGGACGGCGGGGGGCCGGAGCCGGGGUUCAACGCAGCGAUGUACUUCGAGGAAGGGUAUGUGCAUAGCCCGAUGUUUGGGCCGAUGCCGGCCGCGGAGGACUCCGCGGCCGACGGAUUCCAGCUCGGCGGCUCGGCUUCUUUUUUCUUUUAAAUUAAUUAUUUAUAGAGUAGAUUUAUUAAAUCUGAUCAAAUAAGCAUAUAUGGACAUAAAUGGUGUAGAAAGUCACUCC